CUGGACUGUCAUCCUGUGGUGCUGAAGAUUCUAUUGUUUGUGUGAGGCUGCGAUUAGUGAGUGGUUCCAGGCACCUGAUGACGAUGCAAUUGUUAUUCCCGACAUUGUAACGACACAGUCUUAAACCAGGACGAUGACUACGCCAGCUGUACCAAACCAGCAAGAUGAGCUGCUGCUUGUUGAAAGAGUAUUUCUUCGUAUUGGAUCUGCAGCUACAGACGAGGCACUUGAGGAAGAACUUCUGAAAUUUCUUGCCCCUGUUAUUUUGAAGUUAGCUUCACCUCAUGAACCUGUGCGGAAAAAGGUGAUGGAAUUAUUGAUUCAUGUCAAUCGAAGAGUCAAGGACCAUGAGAGUAUUCAGCUCCCUGUAGAGGCUUUGUUAGCUCAGUAUCAGAACCCAAGUGCUACUGCUUUUGUAACAAAUUUCUCCAUUAUCUACAUCAGAAUGGGAUAUCCACGCCUGGACCUCAACAAGCAAAUUGAACUUUUACCAUCAAUGCUUAACAGUAUGGAGGGAAAACCGUCUCAACACCAAGAUAGGAGUUAUAGUGCUGCUGUAAAGUUCAAGCUGUCUGUAGGUGAAAGGUAUAUGUAUUAA